AUGGCCGCUCCACAAAUCACAACACCAACGUCAGCACCCGAAGUCAUUCCGGGCACGCGACGACUCUACGAUGAGAACGGCAACAAUUUACCGGGCGACGCCUCGCUCCUGAAGCACGGCGACAUCGUCCUUGUGCCUCAGCCCACCGAGAGCCCCAAUGAUCCACUGCGAUGGUCACUGGCCCGCAAGAUCUGGCACUCGUGCCUUGUGCUAUACAUUGUCGGUCUCACAGCUGCCACCUCCAAUAAUGCGGGUUCCGGCGCGGACGGCGUGAACGAGGAGUACGGAAUCAGCUAUGACGCCUUCAACACCGGCGCCGGUGUGCUGUUCAUUGCGAUUGGGUACUGGACCCUGCUGAGUUCGCCGUUGGUGCACUUGUACGGCCGCCGGCUGGGGUAUCUGAUCUCCAUGGUUGUCAACAUUGGUGGUCUCAUCUGGUAUGCUCGCAUCACCAAUGUUGGCGGCGUGGUUUGGUCGCAGCUGUUUGUUGGUGCUGCUGAGUCUGUCGGCGAGGCUACUGUGCAGUUGUCGCUUCUCGAUAUCUGGUUUGAACACCAGACUGGCAGUGUGCUUGGUAUUUACACCUUUGCAACUGCCAUUGGAACCUACCUUGGGCCACUCAUCGGCGCAUACGUAUCAAGCGGUCUCGGCUGGCGGUGGAUCGGCUACGUGGGCACCAUCAUCUGCGGCAUCAGUCUGAUCGUCAUCUACUUUGGCCUCGAAGAGACGGAAUUCAACCGAGAUCGCUAUCUUACCGGCAACGGCGAACGCUACCCCGUAGACGACGGCAACCGAACUGCCGCCACUGUUGUGCCAGAGAAGACCUCGGCGCAGGCAUCAGCCAGAAACUCCGUCAGCAUUGAAAGAGACCCAACUUCGGGCCAAGACGCUUCCGUCACUGAGAAGCAGCAGACCCCGCAUCUCGCUGAGACGACGACGGGCACCGACCACGGAUCCAUGGUCUCGACUACCGCGCGGGACCGCAUGGCCUUCUCCUACUCCCGUCGCAAGACGUACUGGGACCGCAUCCGCAUCAUCACGCCGGCGCCGAAUCUCCAGGGCACAGGAUUCAAGCAGUAUCUCUUCCGCCUCUGGCACACCCUCCGAGUCUUUACUUUCCCGGCGGUAUGGUACGCGGGCCUCCAGUGGGGUCUGCAGAACAUCUGCUUGACGUUUUACCUGACGGUCCAAGAGGACUGGUGGUAUGGCCCGCCGUGGAACUACUCUGCGGCUGCCGUGGGUAACAUGAACCUGCCAACGCUGAUUGGAAGUUUGAUCGGAUGUAUCUACGGUGGUUACGGAAGUGAUCAGUUCAUGCUGUGGAUGAUCAAGCGGAAUAAGGGCGUCAUGGAGUCUGAGUUUCGGCUGUAUCUGAUGGCGCUCUGCACGGUGAUCUUCCCGACGGGCAUGUGGCUUUUCGGCAUCGGGAGCGCGCGAGGCUGGGACUGGCCUCUUCCGUAUGUUGGAUUGGGCUUUAUCGGUUUCGGGUACGGUUGUGCCGGAGACUUGAGCUUGGCGUAUCUUGCCGAUUCUUUCCCUGAAAUGGUAUUGGAAGGCAUGGUAGGUGUGGCCGUCAUCAACAACACAAUUGCCAUGCUCUUCACCUUUGUGGCGAGCUACUGGCUGGACUCGGGUAUGGAGAACUGCUUCAUCGCCCUUGGGGUUCUCAGCUUCGUCAUCAUGGGGUUGAGCCUGCCGAUGAUUAUGUUCGGCAAGAGAUCGCGCCGAUGGGCCAAGGAUAGAUACCUGCGAUUUGUUGAUAUCCGUGACGGCUUUUCCAAGUAA